AUGAAAAUUUUAUAAUUUUUGAUUGGGAUGAUACACUAUUUUGUACUUCAGCACUUUAAUAAUAAAAGUUCGAGAAUAUAACAUUUUAAUAAUAAAAAUAUAUUACAUCUUUAGAUUAAGUUGUGUUGCAAAUUCUUAAAGAAGCGUAUAGUUAUGGAACUAUAUAUAUAGUUACGAAUGCUGCUUAAGGAUGGGUUGAAUUAAGCAGUAGAAUUUUUUUACCUUAUGUGUAUAAUUUUUUUGAAGAAAAUUAAAUUAAAAUAAUAUCUGCACGAACAAAAUUUGAAAAAAUAUACCCGGAUUAAUCUUAUUUAUGGAAAAUAGAAGCAUUUAAAUAUCUACAUAGAUAUUAUGAUAAGCAA